CAGAACGAAGAGGUGGAAACACGUCUAAAAAGUUGGCGUUUUUUUGUAAUCGUAGAGUGAACGCUAGUUGAAAAUUAUUAAAAUUAAAAGAAAAAAAAAAGUAAUAAGGGAAAAAAUACUUCCUAAGAACUAAAAACUAUAUAUAUAUAUAUAAAUGUAUAGAUAAUAUUAUUAUUAGGAAAUAAAAUAAACAAAUUAAAGGGAAAAUAAUUAUUAAAUUGUUGAUUUAAAUUGAAAAAAUAUGGAUAUGCAUUAAAGGAAAUGUAAAGUGGAAAAAAGAAAGAAUUUUGUAAUGAAAGCACGAUAUUGUAUGUUCUUAUUGAAAAAAAUUGGUGAUGAAAUUUUCAUGGCAAUGUAUCAUAUUCAAUGAUUCCAUACCAAAACCAAUUUUUCCUUAGUUCUUGUUUUUCCCUACGAGAGUGUGAGUGUUUGUGGAUUUUUUUUUUUAAUUUUUUUUUAGUAAUUUGAGGAAAGUGUAACUUAGAGAGUGUUAAAGUUAAAGAGAUAAAGACCGUGGAAAGAAGGAAAGAAAUUUAAAUAAAAGUAAAAAAGUUUUGCAAAUUUAAGAAAAUUGUUGAGGUGAAGUUAAAAGAGUUGCAAAAGUGCUAAGAUACUACUUACUAUACUUUAGCAAAAAAAAAAAAAAAAUCAAAGGGGCAGUUAGUUAGACUGGCAGUCAGUCCGUCGUUCAAGCAGCAAGCAACGUAAUUAUUUUUAUCAUCAUUAACAUCAUUACACAAAUAAUAUUAUACUCGGCCCAUAUUUAUUAAAAAAAAAAAAAUAGAAAAAAUCCAACGGUUUUUAACAGUUCGUGUUGGUGUUGAAUUGAUGUGUGAGAGAGUGAGUGAGAGUACCAGUGUUAGAGUGUUUGUGUAACCGUUACGUUUUAUGAAUAGAAAAUAAGAAGACAAAUACAAAAGUAAAAAAGAAGGUAGAAGAAAAAACAAGUGCAAAAUAUAAAACCACAAUAACAACAACAACAACAAACAGAACGACAUUAGUUAUUUAAACUAACGAGUUAACUGUGUAAGCGUUAUUUACCGUUAUAAAAAGGAAAUUGAAAUAAAAGAGAAAAAGGACAUUUAGAGCUUUAAAAGGAGAGUGUUGAGAAACGAGAGCAAAUAAAACACAACAUGUUUGAGUAUGUGUGCAAGAGCUGUUGUUUUUUGUUAUUGUUGUUGUUGCUUUUGUGAAAACCCAAGAAAAUUUGUGAAUGACUGUGUCACACAGUCACAAUUUUAUAUAUAGUGUAUAGCAUACUUUUAGGCAUGGUAUCAUCGAGUUAAAUACGUCGACGACGACCACACAAUUACACACACUCUCAAACACUCACUAUCCAAAAAAAAAAAAAAAUUGAAUUGUAUUGAAAAAAACAACAAAUAAAGGAUAACAAAAUCAAGAAAACAAAAAUAGAAAAAAUUAAAAAGCAGCAGCAAGCAGCAGUCUAAAGUGUAAAAAAGUGAGUUUUUUUCAAAUUGUACAAGUGGUGUAAAACAGUCACCGAGAAAAAGGAAGUAGGAAGUAUUCAAUUUAAAUACGAAAAGAAUAGCUAAAGAAAAAAAAUUAAAAAUUUUAUACCAAAUAUAAAAAUAAAAUAUUUCCAUAAAGUGUUAAAUAAUUAAGAAAUAUUAUUAAAAAAGAAAUCCUUCCUUUUAAAAUAAAACAAACCAAUUUAAAAUUCACUACUUCUACUAAGCAGAAAAAAGUAGUCAUUAUCCUUUAAAAAAAGUAAAAAAAAAAAAUUAAAUGUGAAAAGAAAGGAAAAUAAAAAAAAUCGGCGACCUACUACCAUACAUCUAUAUCAUACAUAUACAUCUACAGAUAUCUACAACCAACGAGAGUCGUGAGUGUGUUUGGUUUAUAUUCCCCUUAAGAAUUGAAAAGAAUGAAGGUUUUUUCAACAUUUGACUUAAACUAAAGCAAGAAUUAUAAGCGAAAGGAACAAGAAUACCUAACAACAACAACUACUACCACAGCAGCAAUAACAUUAGCAGCACACAAGCAAAUUUAGUAACGUGAGCAGUGAGUGAAUGGGAAUACGAGCGAAGAAAAAGUGUGAAAUAGCGCACAAAGAAAAAUUCAAAAAAUAAAAAAAAUCCUAAUAAAAAGAAAAAUGCUGGUGCAUUGAAAACAGAAAAAUAAAGUUUAAGCAACGAAGCACAGGAUAUAUUUCAAACCCCCCUCCUCUCCAUAUUAAAGCAUACAACAACAGCAACAGAAAAUCUUCUCCAACAAAAGCAACAAUAAAAAUUGGCAGAGUAAUAUAAUCUCACGAAUUAACAGUUCCAUACAUACAAUUGAGGUGUAAAUAGAGGAAAAAAAAAUACCAAAGGAAAAUAAUUGAAAAGGGUGAGAAUAGAAGAGUACGUAGUAAAUUAGUUAAAAAUAAACACAGAGAAACAAAAACAACUACAACUAAAAAGAGAGAGGCUUAAAGCAAUUAAAUACACAACAAAGUAAAUUGCAAUUAAAACGACACAAGACACGACGUCAACAAAACAAACAAUACAACAAGCUACUGUUGCUGCCGCUGUUAGUGGAUUACCAACAACUACAACAUCAUCAUCUACAACUACACAUCAACAAACAUCACAACAACAGCAAUCACAAAAAGCUUUAACUGCUGCCCACACUUAUCCACAGCUUCAGCAACACCAUCAACUACAUUUACAAUUAAAUCCAACAACAGCGGCAGCAGCAGUAGCAGUAGCAGCAGCACCACCAACAACAUCAGAAGCAGCAACAACAUCAGCAACAGCAGCGGCGGCAGCAGCAGCCACUUCCUCCACCUCCAUUACAGCUAAAACUUCAAAACCGCAGACAACAAGUGCAGCGACUACCAGCCGUAGUCGCCAUAAUCGACGUAGUAACAGUACCGGCAUCACCACGAAUCCACACGGUAAAAGCGGCGGUACCACAACGGCGUCUAACAUUAAACAAAGCGCCAGUCGCAACAGCAACAUACGCAGUUCUUCGUCCAAUAGCACAAUGGCCUCUUCCAAUCAUCGGGGCGGGGGUGGCGGCGGAGGAGGCGGUGGUGGCGGUGGUCCCUCCAGUUCAGGCUUACAAAUUGGCUCAGCGUGGUUUCAGCGCAAAAUCAAUUUACGACCACAACAUCGAGGUGUUCAUUUAGUAACUGAAGAAAUUCUAAGACAAAUGCCUGAAUUGGGACAAUUUUCAGUGGGAUUAUGUCAUGUGCAAAUUUUACACACAUCAGCGAGUUUAGCGUUAAAUGAAAGUUGGGAUCCAGACGUCAGAGACGACAUGGAAAUGAUGUUAAAUAAAAUAGUUCCCGAAGGUUUACCCUAUAGGCAUUCAUGUGAAGGACCCGAUGAUAUGCCCGCACAUGUUAAAGCCUGCUUUCUUGGUAGUUCAUUGACAAUCCCCAUAACGGAUGGUAAAUUAUCAUUGGGCACCUGGCAAGGUGUUUGGUUAUGUGAACAUCGUGAUCAAGCUGGUUCCCGCAAACUAGUUAUAACAUUAAGUGGGUGUCCGCGGGAGACAGCACGUAGUCCACUGUCACCAGUAUCACCAAUUGCCUCAACAUCCAGUUAGGGAAGGCCUCGCUCCACCCGUGAUAGUCGGUAAUCGCGGGGGAGCGACAAUAAUGAACCCAUUUCGUCGAGAAAAUUAAUUUUGAAUAGAAAUUUAGCUAAUACCAAUUUAAAUAAAAAAUUGAAUAAGAGACAAGUAGCGGGAGGAAUUGCUACUACAACUACAACAACAGCCGAUACUAAUAAUACUACAA